CGAGGGUCGAGAUCUGCAGAAUCUGGACACAAGCCUGCGGGGAGUUCGUUAUAAUGCUAUUAAGCCAUGGCUUACAGCUUUGGCUAUUGAUUGGGGUGCUACAGUCUUCAGCUCUCUCAUGGAGCAGGGAUGGCUUUAUCAACACUGUGACGUCAGCCUACCGAGCAUACGACCAAGCUAAUCGAGCAGACACGACCAAAGAUGGCGUCAUCACGGAAGCUGAGUUGGCCAACAGUCUCUACAGACAGGCAGACGCUUACGGCAACAACGAUAACCGGGCAUCUAGGGUGGAGUUUAUCGACUACUACACCCAGAUCUACAACGUCAGCUCCGAGCUAGCCGCCAUCAUGUUCGACUUGUUGAACGAUCCCAGCAAGCCAGAUGACGUCAUCACUUCAAGCGAUGUGUCCUUGACCUCUUUUUCUGGGAGAAAAUACGCUACAGUUUCCGAGUUUCGAGAAGGCCUUGAAAAGUGGAUUCGUCGUUCGGCAGAAAAACUCUACUCCAUCCUGAUGAUACCUCACAUAAUCGACCCGAGAAACGAGCCAGAACUCAGGUACGGCACAAUCCUUGAGAACAUUGACGCCAACAAGGACGGCUAUUUGACAGUUGCUGAACUGAGCGAUGAGUUCAAGAGAUUUUCGCCAACUCAGAGCAUCAAGCGAAGAGACUGGACAUUACGUAAUACUCAGGGUUAUGGAGCAGACCCUGCAAUCGCUAGUCUGGUAUUCGAUUACUGGAAUCGUGACGGGGAUUCUGAAUUGACGCUUCGUGACCUUCAACGUGUUGUUGAAGAAAUGGAUAUCAAUGGUGAUCAAAAAAUUUCAAGUGAAGAAUUUAUCCGUUUUGUGGAAAGAGGUUAUAAACUUGGACGAAGAAUGGUGGGAGUCCCCCUAUCUGAGUCAAUGGUUCAAUGUCCAGAGCCUUGGUGGUCCAGCAUGGGGUGGACGCCUGCUAUAGAUGCCACACGAGCUGCCAUGGAUUUCGAUGACGACUUUGAUGGGUGGAUCACAAGCGCCGAUCUGAGGCGGUGGCUCCACGUGUUUGAUGACGACAACGACGGCUCAGUGAACAGACGAGAACACAACAAGUUCCACACACAUCGUUACGGCGUCAACUCUUCUACUGCAUCCGCCAUGUUUGAUUUAGCUGACGUCAACGCAGACGAUAAACUAGACGACCGUGACUGGGAGUUCCACUUUAAAGGUGAUUUUUCCCUAAGUUUCUGUGAUGUUAAACGUAGCAUUCAGGACCUGGCAAGGGUGGCCGAGAAACAACAAGGGAUACGUCAGGGAAAAGAAAUGCGAGAAAAUAUGAAGAGACAGCUUCAGGAGGAGUUGAGCUGGUUCCUUGAGAAACAGCCAAGACAGCGGGCAGGCUGGCCCGGUACACAAGAGCGUCAGGUUCGCUGUAAGACGAGACUGGUCUGCUACGUAGGGGAAUACACCCAGGACUGGUGGCGCCCUGAAGCCACCUUGUGGUGGAAGGUCGAUUUGAGGGAGGACAACCGCCCAUUGCAAGCAUCUCUGAGUGAGCCCCGUCAGCCGCCCCCAGCCAACUUCCGGCAGAGUGCCCUAACCACAGAUCAAGGCGUGUUGCCUCCAAUAGCGCGAGUAGGUCUGCCAAUGAUUCCAGAUGCCGACAUACCGUUCCCACAACCCCAAUGGCCAAUGUAUGACAUGGGCAACUUUGGACAUAUGAGCGGAAUGAGCCCGUUUACUCCAUAUAAAAGAUCAGCGGAUGAAAAACUUAGGAUGAAAAAUUCACAAACUAAUGCACCUAUUGGCAGUAACAAAGAAUAUUUUAGCGAUUAUCACCGUUUAUUCAACACUUACGAACCAGAUCAACAAACACCCAAUCGUAACGCAGACAUCAAAGAAGAAAAUGUCUACCAAAACCUUCCCGACCAAACUAUAGAAUCCACAGUUGAGGAAGACACUGACUCUCAACAAAACAAACAAAUCAACAGUAAUCUUCAACGAUCAUUUAGUAGCGACAACAGUGAAGCGUCUAAAAUGGCGGUGAACAAAGAGGAAAAGAAAAACACUCCGAACCAAGAGGAAUUUGUGUCUCUCCCCCCACCCCUCACUCUUUUGGGGUAUCCAGUGUUUGUUGGAGUUGAUCCUUGGUUAUUAAAUGGGCCACCGAACUGGGGGAUGCUGGGUAGAAAAAAACGAGAAAGCCAAGACGACAAGAAAAAGAAUGAAGAGAUAAGAGAGGCGUCUGGAGAAAAGAAAGAACGAACUGGCGAAAACUACGCUGGUGUUGACAACAGCACUGACAGUCUGGCUGAUUUCAUGGCCUGGGCGGGCCCAAGUCUUCUCAUGGCUGCUUCAUCACCAGGCUUCGGGGUCGCUCCCUGGGACUUGUGGAUGGCUAUGGCAUUAGACAGUGCUAUGUGGGAGGCCAUGCAGUUUGAUGACUGGACAAAUUCAACAGACAACGAUACACGCUCUAACAGGACAGGCGCUGGAGAGAGAGAAUCGUGGAAAAACCUGAUGGACUGGAUGAACGACAAUGAUGGCCAGGAUGAGAGCCAGGAGAGUGAAGAGGAGGGAGCAACAGAGGAAGAUUUCACCCAGUCUGCUGGUGGAGAGAGUCGAGGCAAACGAUUCAUCCAAGGAUACGAAAACUUCUUCCAUAAGUUACCUUUCUGGGCGAGCAGGUCGUCAAGCUACUGGCCUUCUGAGGGAUUUUUCAACGAUUGGAGAGGCCGUAGUGCAUUCUCAUCACCUUGGAACAGGUUUUGGCAGUUUGGAGAUGCUAGCUGGAAUUACCCUCUCAAUCGCUUGAGGUGGUUUUCAAGAAUAAAGAGGAGCGCUGAGAAUGCACAGGGUGAGGUAACAGACGGUGACGCAGAGCGGGAUCAGCGAAGUAAAACUACAGACAAUGCCCGAAAUGAUUUUUUCUUUGACAAAUGGAAAUCCGAGGAUGAAGAUUUGCAAAACGGGCAAGGUGUACGUGGGGACAACAAGGACAGCGUAUGGAGGAGCGCGAGCUCGAAUAAAUACGGCUCAGAGAGUGACUGGGAGCAUAAGUUAGAUGCGGGUUCCAGCCAGUGGAACAUGGGGGCCAAAGAAAAGUUCGGAUCUCACAGCUGGUCCAAUGGAAGAAUGUCGACAUCUUUUCAACGUGGUGACAGCGAUUGGUUGGGAAACGUACAGCCAACGGGUAAAUGGAAUCAACCUUAUUUCCCAGACAGGAUGCCAGAAGGUGGUCAACAAAUGCCAUCUGCUGGGAAUAGAUAUAACAUGCCACAAAACUUUGGGAGAAAUUUUAUACCCACACCUAUGGUCUCGCCAUUGAUUUCUCAAAAACAAGCAGAUUGGCCUAGUUGGUAUAGUAACAUAGACCAGCCUUUUAACUAUAACCCAAACACUUUGAACCGAUGGUUCAACUUCCCAGGUCAAUAUUUCAAUCAGGCCACCAUGGAAGUUGGCCCUGAAAAGUUACCUACACCAAGACUGAAUUCACCGUUUGAUGAGUUGAUGCCGUUUUGGGCUGAAAGGUUUAUUAGGGGAACUCUACCACUGAGACGCUCCGAGGACAAAGAUGACACCUUAAGUGGCAAAAGUGACGCAGGUCAAGAAACAGAAGCCAAUGAUCAAACACUGAUAAGGAAGAAAAGAUGGGAAUUCGCUAACUUUUACAAUCAGUUUUUGCCCAGAACUGAUUAUUUCAGCUGGUUGUACCAUUUAGUCCCCUGGUGCCAGAGAUAUUGGAACAGUGCUAGGUUCGGGCGCUCGGCUCCUGACAGCACUGAAGAAAAUGUUGACAAGAGAAGCACGCUGAACGACCAGGACAAAGAGAAAAGAUGGGACAGCACUGAAGACAAUGUUGACAAGAGGAGCACGCUGAACGACAAUGACAAAGAGAAAAGAUGGGACCAUGGCGCUUACUCAUACAACUGGAUGGCGAUGUCGUCCGUCUGCCCUAGAGUCUGGAGUUUUGUACAAACCAACAACAUUCCAUUGAACGGCUAUCCUGGCAGAAACCAAUACUUUCCCUAUCAACAGUUUCGACAGAAGAGAGAUGCUCAUCAGACGACUAAAGAAACGUUGGAUGAAACCAAGUUGAAACGUUGGAAUUCCAACGAUGCCGACUGUGAGGAAUGGCAGUACGUCACAUCCGCUUGGACACCGUGGCAAGGUUUAAACAUGCUUCGUUCUGCUAGAGGCGCCACUCACUUGGAGGGUAACAAGCUUGACGAUCCUCUGCAGAACGCUCGAAAUACCAGGGCUGUUCGAUGCAAAUCUUGGCAUCGGAAAGAUUACAAUCAAAAUAUUUUUGGAGCUAAUCAACAGUGGACUGAUAGUCAGCCAAGUAGGGCCUUCAACCGGUUUAAAAGAUCAAGCACGAACAGUGACAACACUGAGGGGACUGGUGAAGGCGGGGAUCGCAUUAAGCGCUUUGAGACAUGGAGUGGCGUCUCGCCAUUUUGGCACCCCGGUAGGUCGCUAGGUGGACAAUGGUGGAAUUCCAAUCAAUUCAACUUGCCGCUGUUCAACAACAAAUGGAUGUACCAAGGAUUUGGCGGUAACAAAUGGAACAAUUUUGGUUGGGACUACUUGAGGUCAUCAAGGGAGGUUGAGCAAGAAGGUUUGUCGAAUGAAGAUCUACAAAGGCCUAAAAGAAACGCCCAAGAAGAUUUUAAAAUAGCGAACGACGGCGCGGACGAGUCUGCUAGCGAGACUAGAGAAAAGCGAAUGAUGGGUCCGUGGGUUGGUAGUGACAGGUACGGUUGGCUAAAUCAGUUCUCGUCGGCAAGCAACCCAUACCAGUGGUGGGCCACUGAUUGGUGGAGCCAGUGGAACCCUUACAGAUUUGCAAGAGAAACGGAAGAGGGCGAUGAUGACAAAAAUACUUCAAGAAAUAAACGUUGGCUGUAUACUGGACAAAAUUAUUUGAACGUUCAGCCUUGGUGGCUGAACUAUAUGAAAUCGUGGCCAGGUUUGUUGUGGCAUGGAUCUUCAAGGUUCCAGAGAGAUGCGGAGCAGAAGGAAGAAAGUACCGGCGAGUUCGUCAAAAGAGUGAUAAAAAAUGUUGCCACUAGCGGAUGGUACGCCAAUGAUCCUACAUCAGAGUGGACAAACGAGCCACGGUCCGCUUACUCCAGCCCCUGGACAUUAGGCGACACUCCAGUCAGACUUCCUAGAGACACAGCGUCGGCACAGGAGACGACCAAGCGUUAUGCAGAGGGAAGGGGCGGGCUGAUGUGGCAAAGGGGUGAGAAUUUCCCUUGGUCAAACUCUAAUUGGGAUUUUCAAGCCAAUUACGACUCAAGGUACAGACCAUACAAUUGGCCUUGGACUAAUGCACUACCCGGAUAUCCACAAUGGAGUCAAGGGCAACAAACCUCCUGGGGUAACUACCGAUCAUCUCGUGCCGCUGGCCAGCCAAAUGUAGCGGAGGGAAAUAAGCAGGAACAGCUGUUGGACAAGAACAAAAGGUGGAGCGGUUUCGAUUAUCCAAACUUUAAUUCCAUGUAUUUUCCAGAGUUCUCUUUUGAUAACAACUUCAAUAACUUGAACUACAACUACAGAAGCCCAUGGGACUUAACGAGGUAUCUCAGAAACACAGAGACCGCUGAUAAAUCAAGUGAGGGCAGGAGCAAACGAUGGCUCAACUACGGCCUGAAUCCAUGGCAGAUGCCUCCGUUUUAUUGGCAGAAUAGUUUAGCCUGGAUUAACAACCCGUGGAACUGGAUGCGCUUUACGCGAAAUGUGAAAGAAGAUGGAAGCACAAAAGAUGAACGAUUUAGACGUGACGCUCAGGAUGUUGAGAGAGAGAAACGUUUCGACAACUACAAUUGGCCGCUCUGGACUUCACCUUUUUACUCUGACUAUAUGGCAGCUAGCAACCCUUACUAUCGAUGGAACUAUGAUAAUGUGUUUAGGUACCCGAGAAAAGUACAGGAGGACUCACACGAUUCUGGUAGAGAAAAGCGUAAUGCAAUAGAUGCUCCAGAGGAAGGUGACAGAAAUAAGCGUUGGCAAGAGUGGUACUCGAACCCACAAUGGUCCACUUAUCGACCUUGGAGUCGUUACAGGUGGAUGAGCGAUUAUAGCAAAGAAGGGGAUAUGUGGAACUUCAUGCGAUACACGAGAAACUCUGGGGAACCUAGCGAAACGGAGAGACAGAAACGUCAAUUGGGUGAUCAGUUGAAGGAGAAAAGAUGGUCUAAUCCAUGGAACCAAAUGAAUUUCCCGUGGUAUUUGGGUAGGAACGCGAUGUCAUUCCCUUAUUCUUAUUCCAACUUUUGGGAAGAUGGCCGAUGGUAUCACGAUAACAGGUUUUUGAGAAAUGCUGAUGGAGAAACUGAAGAGGCAAAUGUAAGAAGCAAACGAUGGCAAGGUUGGGACUUUCCACCAUAUGCAGGGUGGAAUCAAAGAGCAGCUAAUUUCAAUAACUUUAUGACUUUCGGGUAUCCAGGGAUAAAUACUUACCAAAACCCAUAUUUUUUUCACAAGUUUUUUACUAAAAGGGAAAACCCAACGUUUACAAAGUCUGAAAACGAAGAAACAAGUACAGAGCGUACAAAACGAUGGCAGCCCUUUCCAGGUUUUAGCUGGUUGCCGAAUAUGGCCAGUGGUAAUCCUUCAUUUGGAUAUCCUCAAGGCUGGUGGAAUCCUAGCGUGUACCCAAUGGUUCAGUAUUAUAUGAACAGGUUUCAGCGACAGGCUCAACGUGAAAACAACGAACAGAGCGAGAGUAGGAGAGAGCGUGAUACAGAAGGCGCAUUGAAAAAUAAACGCUGGCUUGUUGGUGAAAAUUAUCUCAGUGGCGCUUGGGAUGAUGAUCAAAGCUUCAGCCCUUGGUCCCACAGUAACUGGAGUCCAUGGUGGAUGGACUACUGGAACUCAGCUAGAUUUGCCAGAAAAACUGAAGAAAACAAUCAGCGAAAUAAACGCGACACCGAAAAACGUCUAUUAAAUAAAAGAUGGAAUACUUUUCUUCCACUAGCAGAUAAAAAUCGAAUGACAAUGAAUGCGCUCCCCUUGAAUUUUCCCGGUCGCUCCAGUUUUCCUCCAGCUAGAUAUAACCUGUGGAGUAGCUUUGACAACUUUCCAUCUCUCUAUUCUUUAAUCAAUCAACGCCAACAAUACACGUAUCCAAUGGUAACUAACAGACGCUGGUCGCCCUAUGAGACGUACCGUCCACUGGGCCGUCCAAGUUUCCUGCAGCCAUGGGAGCAGUGGUGGAAUGUGUACAGCAGACGAUCGACCAGAGAAACCAGUGCAGGAGGUGAGGAUAAUGCUCGCACUAGACGUCAGCCCGGGGACGUGAUGCAAUAUUGGCUGCCACAGCUAGCCAGCCCGCGCUUACCCUGGCCUGGCUGGACCGACGCACCGGCUAUGUUUUCUAAUGCUUGGCGUCACUGGUCACCGUGGUCUAACAUCAGCCCACCGUGGUCCCAGUGGUCUAACAUCAGCCCACUGAGGUCACCGUGGUCUAACAUCAGCCCACCGUGGUCCCAGUGGUCUAACAUCAGCCCACUGAGAUACCCAAGAAACUCACAGGCAAAGAGCGAUGUCGCUGCUGAUCAGACUCACAGUGUCGGUGAUGCCCCAGUUGAUACAUCCAGACAAAAGCGAUGGGUGGAAUCCAGUGGAUAUCCCAGAUGGAUGGAAUUCAGUGGAUAUCCCAGAUUCUAUCAAAAUAUGGUUCAAGAUCGGAGUAAUGGAAUAUUUCAAAGGCCAUUUUUUUCAACUGAUCUUUCAAGACUCUCGAAUGUAUGGAAUGCUGUUCGGCCUAUGGACUACAUGAGGUUCUAUUCUACGCCUCUUAAUCCUAUGAGAUUAUCCAGGUUUUCUCAAAGCUCUAGAGCUAAAAGAGACACAAAAGACGGGGAUGUACGCUCUAAGAGAUACGGUUGGUCGGAUAACAGGUUUGAUCUGAUGAAUCCAUGGAUGCAGCAGUGGUGGCGCCCCAGAACUCUAUCCACAAUGUAUGACUCCUUCAAUCCAUGGAACCAAGGAUACCAACUCUCUUACAGUAAAAGAGGUGUGGACAAUACGGAAACAGGCCAGGGAGGGAGAAGUAAAAGAUGGUGGCGAAACGAUAAUUUUGGAGGGUUGUGGAAUCUACAACAUAUGGCAAAGAACACUAUGGGUCCUAUGAGUCCUUGGUAUAUGGGUUGGUGGAACAAUCUAUAUCCAUCUUACCAGUGGAUCCCAAUAUUCAACUCUCAGAAUAAACGCGAGGAAAACACGACAAAAGAAAGGCGCUGGUCAGCCGCCCAGCCCUAUCUUUGGAGUCCUUAUUCAAACCUUUUUGACAACACCCGCUACAGUUUAGGCAGUAAUUACAUCAGCACUUUUCCUAAUAACGUUCUUGCUAAGAGUUCUUUUCAAUGGAGUCCAAGAAAUCCGUGGCAAUACUGGCCACGAAAACGUCGCAGCAGUGAUAAAACAGAAGAUGAGAACCAGGAGGUCCUUCAAGCAAAGAGGUGGGUCGGCAGGAAUUAUCAGUUCCCAAUGAUAAGUGGCAUGGGGAGGAGUUCAUGGAAUAAACCGGAUCUUUCAUAUUGGAACCAAUGGCCCUCCAACCAACCUUGGAACCAAUGGCCCUCCAACCAACCUUGGAACCAAUGGCCCUCCAACCAACCUUGGAACCAAUGGCCCUCAAACCAACCUUGGAACCAAUGGCCCUCAAACCAACCUUGGAACCAAUGGCCCUCAAAUUAACGCUGAAGCCUCUAGCCUCUACCCAAACCACUUCACUUUUGUUGAAAUGCAUGUGAUGAUUAGAAAAAAAUUACAACAAAAGAUUGUAUCUCUAACAGUUGACUUUUUUAAAAUUCUAUUUUAGUUAAGUACAUAGAUAAAAAGAACAAAAUGUAGGAGACAAUCAACUUUUUAAGACCCGAAAAUAAACCCAUACCCUCACUU